CGUGGCUCAAAAGCAUUAUAAUUUUUCUCUCUAAAGCUAGUUCUAUUCGUAUAAUUACAGACACUACACGCUGCACAAGAGCUCUCCUCAGAAGACAUCACAUCUCUCCUCCACCACAGCUUUGAGAGAGACCAUGUUCAGAAAUCAGUAUGACAAUGAUGUCACUAUAUGGAGUCCGCAGGGAAGAAUUCAUCAAAUAGAGUACGCAAUGGAAGCUGUUAAACAGGGCUCUGCAACAGUUGGUAUAAAGUCUGAGACUCAUGUUGUGCUAGUAGCCCUCAAGCGAUCAUCCUCUGAGCUCUCCUCUUAUCAGAAGAAGAUCUAUCCGGUGGAUGAUCAUGUUGCAGUCUCCAUUGCUGGCCUCACCUCUGAUGGCAGGGGACUCGGCAAGUUCAUGCGUACCGAGUGCCUCAACUCUCGCUACGUGUACAGCACUCCACUACCGAUAUCACGCCUCGUGACAGCCAUUGGAGACAAGAUGCAGGUCUGCACACAGUUUUAUGGACGGAGACCGUACGGAGUCGGAAUGUUGGUGGCAGGUUAUGAUUCACUGGGUCCACACUUGUAUCAGACGUGUCCUUCCUCUAACUUCUACGACUGCAAAGCAAUGUCUAUCGGAGCUCGAUCACAGAGUGCCAGGACUUAUCUUGAGAAGCAUUUGGACGAAUUUAAAGACAGUAGUCGUGACGACCUCAUCAAGCAUGCACUGCUGGCAUUGAGGGAUUGCCUACCCAGUGAAUCAGAACUGACGGAGAAGAAUGUGUCGGUGGCGGUGGUGGGUGGUGGUCAGGACCUCAUCAUGUAUGAGGAUGACAAAGUUCAACCAUUUCUGGACACUCUGGACUCCACUAAGGGAGGAAGGUCGACACAGCCAGCUGCUACUCCUGCUGCCGCUGAGGCUAGUGAGGGGGCAGAGGAGGCCACACCCACUGAGGAGCAAGCUAUGGACCAGGACUCUUAGUACAUGCAGUAAUAUUAUAAUAGUGUUUACACCAUGUACCAGUAAUAGGAUGGCAAUGUUAUUAUAACGUCAUGUUUUGUAAAUCAUAUUCAUUGUGUAUUGUAAUAUUGUAAUUGA